CCAACACUAACAAAAUGCAUUAUCACGGAGACUGCAUUUAGGAAAAAAUAUAUAAAUAAAAUCUACUGGAAAUUUACUAGCGAAUUGUUACUAAUCAAUAGUAUAAAAAUAUGUACAAGGUACAUAAAUAUUUUUCCUGUUUCACAUUCAUUAUCUAGAAACCAUUUUAGGUACUUUUUGCAACCUAAAGUACGUUAUUUUUAAAGGACUUGUAUUGAUUAACUUAAGUGCUAGAUAAAAUUAAAUUCACUUAAAACAUUAUAAAACCAAAUUGGAAGUGUGAAUAGGUUAAUAAUUAUCGACAUUCGAUUCAGAACAGUUGAUUAAAUGACAACAAUAUGCUUCGAAUAUUCUUUUACUUGAUAAUUUUGGCAAAUUUUGCGUCUUGUGCUGACCAUAAUCUUUUCAAAAAUUGCUCAAGAGUGGAAUUUUGCAGGUCUUUAAGAGACCCAAAAGUGACUUCCCCAUUUAAGCCCCAAUUAUCUAAACUGACCGUUAACAAUGAUAAAACAACGGUUAUUGUACCAAUAUCAAACAGCGACAAUCAAACUUUCAAUGUGUACAUCAAUCUUCUGAGAAAUCACACUGUUAGAAUGAAGAUUUUGGAAACUGAAAGCGCCAGAUACGAUUCCUUAAGAGAGGCAAGAGCUAGCUCUUCAUUUAAGCCUCAGUUAUCUAAACUGACCGUUAACAAUGAUAAAACAACCGUUAUUGUACCAAUAUCAAACAGCGACCAUCAAACUUUCAAUGUGUACAUCAAUCUUCUGAGAAAUCACACUGUUAGAAUGAAGAUUUUGGAAACUAAAAGCACCAGAUACGAGUUAAAGGACGUACUGGAUAAGGAACCAACGAAAUUGAAGGUCGUUUUAAAUAAAACGAUGUAUGAAAAUGGCUCAGUUACCAUCUUACCAGACGACUCGAAAUACUCUCACAGCGUUAACAUAAAUCCGGAUCCCUUUCAGAUAAAAUUUUUCUAUGACGACGGAAUGCUGGAGAGCGUCUUCCACGGAGAAGAAUUGAUUUUUCAAAAAGACACGCAAGCAUUCGUAUUCCGCUUCCAAUUUACUGAUGCUACCACCUUACACGGUCUUCACCAUCACACUUUAGGCUUGGAUUUACCCGACACCAAAGCAAGCAAAAUGGACCCGAUCCGAUUAAGGAACUCCGAUAUCGGUGGUUAUGAACCAAACUCUCCAAUGGCAAUGUACGGAGCCGUGCCUUUGGUUUACGGUCACACCGGUGUGUACACUUCUGGAGUAUUUCUGCACAAUGCCGCCGAGCAAUGGGUAGAUAUAAUUCACGACGCGGACUCAUCUUCAGCCAGGUUCAUGGUUGAAAGGGGAGCUUUGGACUUGUUCGUUUUGCUGGGAAAUACAGCGAAAGAAACUGUCCGACAAUUCGUUGAGCUGACCGGUCGAGCGCAUAUGCCUCAGUUGUGGACGUUAGGAUAUCACCAAUGCCGUUAUUCGUACGAAACGCAAGAGGAUGCUAAAGAUGUGGUCGCCCAAAUGGACGCCUAUAAGUUUCCCAUGGACGCCAUUUGGUUGGAUAUCGACUAUACCGAUGGAUACAGGUAUUUCACAUGGAAUCCGGUGAAUUUCUCCGAUCCCAUAGGGUUCCAGAAAAACAUAUCAUCUACGAACAGGAAACUGGUUACGAUCCUGGACCCGCACAUUAAAAAAGAUCCCGAUUACCCCGUAUACGCCGGCGCCAAAGGAAAAUAUUUCGUUAAGUUUGCGAAUGGAAGCGAUUAUGAGGGAGUUUGUUGGCCCGGAGAAUCCAGUUACUUUGACUUCCUUGAUCCUGAAGCUCGAGACUACUACGCCAGCUGGCACUCAUACGAGAAAUUCAAUGGAAGUACACCAGUAUUAGCCGGCGUUUGGAACGAUAUGAACGAACCUGCUGUAUUCGAUGACACCACGGAGAAAACCAUGCCCUUCGAUGAUGCUGUCCAUUACGGAAACGUCGCACACGGAAACAUUCAUAAUAUCUACGGGUUUCUUCAGACCAAAGCCACCCAUCAAGGUCUCAUGAACCGAGACAACACCAAAAGACCCUUCAUUUUGACCCGUUCCCAUUUCGCUGGGUCCCAGCGGUACGCGGCCAUGUGGACGGGAGACAACACAGCCGAUUGGCCUUACCUGCGUACCAGCUACUCGGAGUGCAUGCUCUCCAACAUAGUGGGCAUGGUGUUCUGCGGCGCCGACAUCGGCGGGUUCUUCAACGAUCCGGAACCGGAGUUGCUGCAGAGGUGGUACCAGGCUGGUAUUUGGUUGCCGUUUUACAGAGGGCAUGCUAACAAGGACACGAAGCGAAGGGAACCUUAUUUGUUUGGUAAUGACGUCCAGGAGGUCAUAAGAACGGCUAUUAAAACGAGGUACAAGCAUUUGCCUGUUUUGUAUACGUUGUUCUAUGAGCACACUAGGUAUGGGGAUCCGAUCGUUAGGCCUCUGUUUUAUGAAUACCCUGGGUUGGUGAAUAAAGAUGAUCAUAUUUUGUUAGGUACUGAUAUUUUGGCAAGACCCGUUUUGGAAAAUGGAACAAAUAGUGUAAAUAUCCAUUUCCCAGGAGAUUCAUCGACUUUCUGGUACAGGAUGGAUGAUCAUUCUGCCAAAAUAUAUAAAGGAAACGAUGACGUGACAUUACCAGUCAAUAUUACAACGUCGCCAUAUUUCUACAGAGCAGGCAGUAUAAUAGUAAGGAAAGAUCUCGAACGCAAAUCAACUACUGAUAUGAUUGAUGAUCCCGUAACUCUUUACAUUAAUUUGGAUUCCUCCCAUAAAGCUACUGGAAGGAUGUACGUGGACGAUUACACCAGUUUCAACUAUCAAGACAAAAAGCAUUAUUACUAUUUGAAAAUUGAAUAUAUUCCACAAACGGGCCGAAUAGUGUUUAAGCAAAUUGAUGGAAAUGCUGCCGGUUUCGAAGUAGAAAUUAGUCAUGUAAUUGUUCAAGCCAAAAACUCAGAUGAAAAUACAUUUACGAGGACCGAAUACACAACUCAUGCUAAUGGUGAACGACUCUCCAACUUUAAAAUUACGCCCCAUCUUAAUAAAAAGAAAAAAGUUUUUUGUAAUUUAAAGAAUACACCUCGUAAUACUGAUUACGUUUUAUAUCUGUAAAUAAUAAUAAUUUGUUUAUUAUUGUUUUACUUUAUUCUUGCUUGUGACCACAUUAAAUGUUUGUGUAGUAAAUAAAUAUAAAGAAAAAAU